CCUCAACCGUCGAAGAUGGCUGCAAUGCGGACAUUGCAGAUUUUUCUGCUCCCAUAUCUUUUGUCCCUCAUCACUCCUGUUCACAGCUUCCUGAACGCAACAGAAAAUGCAAAGGCCUUGGUCAUCGCCAACGACCGCCUCUACGCCUCCGUCAACAGAUCCACAGGAAUAAUGGACAUACUCACCCUCGAUGGCCAAAACUUGCUCGGCACAAAAGAGUACAAUGAAGUCACUCCCGGAGGCAAUGCCGCUGGUCAAAAUGGCAUAGGACCAUAUUUGGAUUGCUACUGCGUGCCUUCUGGUUCUUAUACGCCUGGCAAGUAUGCAACGUUCAAGCUGUUCAAUGGCAGUGAUUCUACUGGCGUACCUUAUGGUGGUGUGCUUAUGUCUGAGGUGUAUCCGUUGACUGGACAGGUGUUGGAGCAGUAUUGGUUUUUGAGAGAGACCGAGACGGGGCUGCAUACUUUCUCGCGUCUUGCUUACUAUAAUGAGACGAAGCCGUUUUUGAGUAGAAAUUUGCAAGAGUUCAGAACACUGUUCAGACCAACUACGCCGUUGUGGACCCAUCUUUCUACCAACGAGAAGAUCCAUGCUCCUUUGCCUUCUUCUGAUACUCUCAAGUACUCCAGGACAGUGCAAGACGCAACAUGGUAUCUUGGCAAUUACACUGAUGCACCAUACGUCGAGCAAUUUGCCGAUUACUUUACAAAGUACACCUUUUCAGACGAGUGGAGAGACCACAAAGUCCACGGAAUAUACGGCGAUGGCUCCAAUAGCAGGGAUGGUUCAACCUUUGGUGCUUGGCUGGUUAUGAACACGGUAGAUACCUACUUUGGCGGUCCUACACACUCUGAUUUGACUGUGGAUGGUAUUGUCUAUAACUAUAUCUCCUCGAACCACCACGGAGAUAAUGUCCCCAAUAUCACAACCGGCUUCGACAGAACAUUCGGACCUCAAUACUUCCACUUCAACAAAGGCUCCAACACAACCACUAUGGCGGAGCUGCGUGCAGAAGCUGAGCAUUUUGCAUCUCCCACCUGGAACACCGCUUUCUAUGACUCCAUCGCUCAUCUGGUACCAAACUACAUCCCCUCGACGCAAAGGUCGACUUGGAAAGGACGUAUUGAUUUGCCCAAAGGUGCCCAGCGUCCUAUUGCCGUGCUUGCUCAGAAUGGUGUGGACUUUCAAGAUAACGUUUUAGACACCAAGGCAUACCAGUAUUGGGGCGAUAUUGACAGAAAAGGUAACAUCGAGAUCCCGAUGGUCAAGCCUGGUACUUAUCGUCUGACUGUGUAUGCCGACGGCAUCUUUGGCCAAUACAUUCAGGACAAUGUCGUGGUUGCAGUUGGUAAGGUUACAACAACAAAGGUCAAGUGGCGCGAGGAAUCUGCUGGUAAAGAGUUAUGGCGCAUCGGCACUCCUGACCGCAGCAGCGGAGAGUACAGGCAUGGUGACCAGCCUGACCCAAGCAAACCUCUGCAUCCUCCAGAAUACAGAAUCUAUUGGGCGAAUUGGGACUUCCCAACUGAUUACCCUGAGGGGGUCACAUUCGAAGUCGGCAAAAGCGAUGAGAGCAAAGACUUCAACUAUGGUAUGUUGUCCUGCUUUUGGCGUAUCUCUAUUCUGACACAGGCAUANGUUCAUUGGAGUGUCUUUGGUGGAUAUGCAAACUCCGUAAGGCCAGAUCCGUACUAUGAGAACGUCAAUAACUGGACUGUGUUGUUCGACGCGAAGAAGAGCGACCUGAAGAAAGCAAAAGACGCAACGCUCACCGUGAGUCAUCGAUUACCUGCAAAGAUUAGUGCAAAAACAGCUGCCGGCAAUACAGACAACUGUAAUGCGACACAACCGUGGAACAACCUGCCGCUGACAGUGGUCAUGAAUGGGAACGAAAUUGAGCCAUGGGAUAUACCGUCUGCAGUAGUUUGCUAUGCUCUCGCUCACAAGUACAAGUUUGACGCCAAUCUCAUAAAGGAAGGCCAGAACAAGAUGAUCUUGAGCUUGCCAUUUAAUGCGACAGAUUACGAGAGUGCGGUUCUUCCGAGAAGCACAUACGUGCAGUACGACAGCUUGCGUUUGGAGAUCAGAUAG